CAUUUGAUGAAAUGUUUUCAUUUGAAUAAAUUUAUUUUGAUUUAGAAAGCCAAUACAAACAAACAACAAAACAAAACAUAAAACAUAAGCUAUGGAAUUUGAUCCAUCCAAAUAUUCGACAACAUCAUUUGAUUCAAUGGGACCGGCAUUAAAAUUGAUACAUCUUAUAAAGAAACAAAUAUUCGAUAUUAAUCAACCAUUAAGAAUUGUUGAUCUAGGAUGUGGCCCUGGAAAUUCAUCAUGUUUAUUAGCCGAAUCAUUUCCACAAUCAACGAUAAUCGGUUUGGAUGUUGUACCCGAAAUGAUUGAACAUGCAAAGAAAAAUUUUUCCAAAAAAAAUGAUCGUUUUCAAUUUUUUGUACAAGAUUUAGGCUUACCGUUUGAUAAAUGGAAUACCGAAUUACGAGAAUUAUUACAAACCAAACAAGUGGAUUUAAUAUUUUCUAAUUAUGCAUUACAAUGGAUUUUUAAUCCUUCCAUAUUGGGUGAUUCAUUACGGAAAAUAUUAAAACCUAAAACCGGUAUACUUGUUGCUAAUAUUCUAUUUAGUGAUAUUUUAUCAGUUGUUGAUCAAAAUGAUCAACAUGAAUGUAAAUUAUUGGAAAAAUAUCUUCAUUACCCUAGUGAAAAACAAUUUAUUAGUGAAUGGAUUUUUGGCUUGAAAAAUGAUGCUCAUUUAAAUGAUAUUUGGUUACAUUAUUGGCAACCAAAAUGUAUUUAUCCGGAAAAAUAUUAUCGUGAAUCCUAUGUAAAAAUACCACUUAAAUGGCAUGAACAUUUUAUCGAUAAUUCCGUAUCCGAAGAAUUACGUAAAGAAAUUUUAAAAAUUUUAACAAAAUUAAUUUUAAAAAAACGUAUUACACGUAUUAUACCAAGAAGGAUGAAUGGUUUAAAUCAUCAUCAUAAUGAUGUUAAUCAAGUUAAAAAUGGUGAUGCUAAUGAUGAUGAUGAUGAUGAAAUGAAUGAUAUUGAAAUUGAACAACAAUUAUGGACUGUUGUUGCUCGAUCAUCCAAUGAUAAUUUUGUUUGAAAAAAAAAUUUUUAAUUACCAAAAAACAAACAAACAAAACCGGUAUCGCCAUCUAACAACCGAGACAGAACCAGCUUAUCUUUUUGAAAACUUUUUCUUGAAAAAAAAACAAAACAAAAAUACAAAAAUUAUUCUGAUGUGAUGAUAGUCACUUGGUGAUUCAAUCAAGUACAAUUCCCAAACAUUUUUAAUUAGAAUAUAUUUUUUUUCAAUUUUCAAAUUUAAAAAUAAAAAACAACAA